CGCGACGCCUCACUCCCGACGAGUCGAGAGUCGAGACCCGUAGCGAGUCUCAGUCGAGAGCCAGUCCGUUCCCGCCUCUAGUCGACAAAGCUCGUGCGGCUUCACGCGAACGAAUUUUGUAAGAAACAAAAUCUCGUCGAGUCUCGUUUUCGUGAAUCGUGAUGCUAUUGUAUUUUUGAUUAGCGUCCGGUAAACGCAGAGUUUUUCCUGGUGAAGGGUGCGUCGGAGGGCAGAAUGCGCGCUCUGUGGCUAGUCAUCACCGCAGCGUGCGCACUCGCUGAUAAUCAAAACAGGCGAACCAAGCUCCCGUACAUCGCAGAUGCAGUUGGCAAUAGUCUACCCCCGCCAUCGAAUGUUCCAGCAACUGUCGGAAGUCCAGUUAACUUGCUCACUCCAGACAGAUACGAAUUUUAUACAUUUGAUGAGUCUGGAGAAUUAGUGAAGAGAUUAAUGACUUUAGAAGAAAUACAGGCAAUCGUUGCAGCUGGAGAAGAAACAGAAGGCCUGGUCACUUUUGCUAAUGACAAUCAACCCACUAUAGCUUUCAACUUUACUCAACCUUCACAAACAAAAGUUCACAGUGUAGUUACCAAUGUACAAAAUGUUCUUAAAGCGCAAAUGGAAGCUCAUAAAAAUAAACCAAAUAUACAACCCACACUAGAUACACCGGACGUUUCAGAUUCUUGGAGCUUAAUAUUACCUUCGAUUUUUGGAAAUACUGGAGUGGAUAUAGUCCCCGAUAAAACAUCUGGAUCUUUUAUUACACCAGAAACUGAUACGUUUGAAAUAGAUAAUUUGAAUAAUUAUAAAAAUUCUCAAAGCAAGGAAAGUAAUGAAAUACCUACAAUUUCUGCAGUUCAACAAAAUAUAGACACAAACGUGACUCCAACUAAGAAACCAGAUAAUUCGGUAACAAUAAACAUGUCAACUACUGUGAGUACAUCUCCUUCUACUAUGUCAAAAUUAAGCUCAACGACUGAAAAGCAAUAUUCACCUGCAACAACUAAGAGACCUGAAAUGAGAACUACUACCAAAGUCACAACAAGCAGACCUCAAAUAUCUAGUUCAACUACAAUAGUACAAUUAUCCACCUCAACUACCAUAAAACCUGCAGAAAAUACCUUAAUUUCUAUGAAAAAUAAUACGAAUGGAAAUAUCGAUAAUGACAAAAAAGUUUACAAUAUAACUAAAAUAAAUAAUUUAUUUACAUCUACAGUAAAAGAACCAGUUCAAUAUGAGAAAAUUAGUACUUUUUUGCCCAGUUCGACAGGGGCAUUUAUAACUGAAAAAACCACCCAUAAACCCUAUGAGAUUAACAUUAGACCAAUGAAAGAUGAAAAAAACAAAGAUAAACUAUCAACAACAACCAACGCUAGCAAUAUAAUAUCUAGCACUACAUCACUUCCUAUAUUAUUAGAUAAAGACAAAGACAAUGAGAAAAUGAAUGGUACUACAAUGACAACUCAAUCAGUUUCUCCGUCUACAACUAUUUCAACAACUGAAUCUACAACUACUCAUAAAAAUCAUGGUCUUACUGACUCUGGGAAGAACGAUCAAGCAAUAAUGACUCCAGAUAAAACGGACUAUGAUAAAGAAAAUCAUUUAAUAACACCGAUGUUUGAUAUUGGUCUAAGUAUAAGUCAAAUAGCAUCAGACCUGGGUAAUAAUUACGUUCCCAUUCCUACUUCAAACAGCUUCGUUGAUACACAAACCAACAACUUAGCAAUAGAAAGUAAAGAAAAUGUUGAAAUUGAAAUUCCAACAGAGUCUGGAGAUGAAAAUGGUAUAAACAUUAUUACUACGGAAAAUCCAGAAAUAUUUGUCAAAGUUUCGACAUUUGAUCCACCAAAACAAAUGAAAAAUAUGACGUUGGAAAUUAUCGACUUACCGAAACAAGUUCCAAGUUUAACUGCUACUACCUCUUUACCUGUUACUCCAUCUAUUAUCACGAGCUCAAGUAGACCUACUAUUAUGGAUGCAGUAAUAUCUGAAUCCAUGGGUGAUUUACUAUCACAAGUUGUACAUGGAGCUCCUGAUCCUACACCAAUCGAUUUUUCUAAAAAUAAUACAGAAACCUCUGAAAUUAAAAUAACAACACACAUUCCUGUUAGUCAAGAAUCUACUGUUAAUAUUCAUAAAACAAUUACCACCACACCGGCUCAACCAGUUACUAAUAGUGAUGUUAUGAAUAAACUUGAAGAUACUAGACAAAGCGUAAUCAAUACCACAAAAAUAGAAAACAAAAAAAUAAUGCCCCCAACUAUAAUAAAGAAUGACGUCAAUAAAAUAAAAAUAGAAACCAAUACGCCAAACAAAAUAAACCAAAGCGAAAAUAUUAAAAACAAUGCCUUUUCUAGUAAUAAACAAAAUGUAAGUUCAUUAAAUUUAGACAAAAAAGAUGAAAAUGUUAAAAGGGAUAAUAUUAGUGUAUCUUCUAAUCAAUUUUUAUCAAAAGAAACUAAUAGUUCAGAUACAAAACUAAAAACUGAUUCAACGACAAAAGUAAACAAUUUACAUACAAUUAGUAAUGUUUACAAAUCAUCAUUGGCAGCCAAUGUUGGUCUCAUUGAUACCCAUAAGAUAAGCGACAAAGUCCACAAACAAAACAUAAAGGAAGAAGUACCAAAAGUUGAAGAUUUCAAAAAGAAAAUACAAAAAGUGAACAUAGAUGAAAAAGAGUUAGCAAAUGUAAGAAAUAAUUCAUGGAAAUUAAUACCAUCAGUAAACCCACCUAAAGCUAAUGAAAUAGUAAAAGACAAACAUAAAGUUGAGGCAUUUUAUACACCAGAAGUAAAUGAAAAUAAAAAAAUCGUACUAGAGUUCCCUAAAGAAAAUCAGGGCUUAGAGGUUACUACGAGAGAUUUAGGUGACGACAUUUUACAAUUUACAGAGCUAUGUAAUGAAUUAGCUUUCAGGUAUUGGAAUAUGCUGAUUGAUAAUAUUGAUAAAAAACGAAGCAUAGUUUUCUCACCUUAUUCUAUAACGUCAAUGUUAGCCAUGAUGUUUAUGGGCGCAAAAGGAGCGACUUCCGGCGAAAUGAACGAAGUCCUAAAAUUAGAUGAUAUGGUAACAUUUAAUCCUCACUUUACAUUAAAAAACAUAUCUGAUUCAAUCGAAACUAGUUCAGCUUCGGGAGUAGUUAUAUCUGCAUUUGUUAGAGAACUCUUUAGUGAGAGGAACAAAGGAAAAAUGUUGACAUUCUACAAGGAACGCGCCCAACACUUUUAUAACGGCCAUGUUGAAGAAGUUAACUUCAAAUUAAUCGGCGAUGUAAUAAGACGGCGAACUAACCUUUUAGUAAAAAGAUACACAUGGGGGAAGAUUCCUGAAUACUUGAAAACAAACAGUAUCACGAUGAGUCCACCACUUGCAGCAAUAUCAGCUAAUUUGUUUUAUACUGACUGCACCGGGACUUCAGUCGAGGGACGCGAUGGCGAAAUGUAUUUCGUCGUUUCACCAAACGUCCGCCAAAGACGUUUGGUUCCAGUACCUGCCGUGGUUUAUAAAAGUAAUUUCUUGGCUGGAUAUGACCCAGUUCUAGACGCUACCGCUGCAGCAUUGGGUAACACCAACUCCGUUGUUAGCACCCUGUUUCUUAUGCCGGGCCAACAAGGAAACGUCGUACAUGCCGAUGAUUUAGAAAAUCUUGAAAAACGGUUUUUGGAUGCCAGUUUAAGUACUCCAGCGUGGAAUGGUCUUCUGCGAACAUUGCUUCCUCGUGUAAGUCUCGAGCUACAAAUUCCCAGAUUCUCUCACAAAUCGUUAUUCAAUCUCACGUCUUCUUUGAAAAAAAUGGGUCUGAAAGAAUUAUUUGACGCUGACCAUGCUGACUUGGGUGGACUAAAUGGCCCGUCAAAGGAUCUUUAUUUAUCUGACAUGCUACAAUUGACAACGUUUACUACAUGCGCCGAAAGUGGUAUUGGUGGACAACAUCAUGUAGAAGAAUAUCCUGAUACACAGGAUUAUUUACGUAAACGAAGAACGUCCAGGUGGAUAACGGGAUGGGAUGAGCCAAGAGAUUAUCAACGAGCAUUCCAUGACCCUCAUGAUGUGGGUGAAGCUAUGAAUUUACCUCUACACCUUCGUCCAAGACAAGCACGGCUCCCCGCAAGAAGUUCUCAACCGGCUCGAUUGAAAUUCGACAGACCUUUCCUUUAUUUCGUACGACACAACCCAUCUGGAAUGAUAUUGUACGUUGGACGAUAUAACCCGAGGCUUUUACCUUGAAGGCUUAAAAAGACUGCUAGUUUAGUUUAAUUUACUUAAUUCCUAAAAGGAAAGUGAUGAGAUAGGUAUACUGGUGCGUGUGAUAUAUGUAUGUGAAAGUAAUGUCAUUCUGAAUUUACGUGACAGUAUUACUUGUUAGUUUAUUGGUAUGCAGGUAGUUCAGAGCUUUGUAUUGAGACAGCAUUGAUCGUACCUCUAUACUAAUUUUAAAUGAAAUGUAUGUAGUUAUAAAAUAAGGGAUUGCAAAUGAAACAAAGUGAAGAUUAUAUGCUUAAAUUGUAAAUUAAGGAUUUAGGUUAGAAGUACAGUUUCACAGCUCAUGUCAUUUCAUUGUCAUUAUCCUUUAACUGAAUUUAGAAAUAAAAUCUAGUAAAUAUUAA